UUUGCGUAUUUUGCAGUACGCUUAAAAUCAGUCGUGCGUCAACCGUUCCCUGUGGAAGACAUUCUAGUAAAAAGAAUAUUUAGUAAAAAAAGAACAUUUUUAUUUUUUUGCAAAUAAAAAAAACAUGGCAAAACAUGUUAUUUUUACAUUUUUAUUAAUAGUCGUAGUCGAUUUAACAUUUUCAUUAUUUGCAUCAUCAUCAUCAUCAAAUGACCUUGCAACAAUGAAUAAACUAUUCAAGAAUCCAAAAACCGGAAAGUUUAUUACUGGAAAGAUAGAACAAAUUGACAAGUCGGUAAAUUCAACUGCUAAAUUUUUGCAGCAAUAUUCAUUCCAGGGUGCAUCGUGCAACUGUGUAGAUUUAGUUUGCAGCUGCUGCAUUAACUUAAACCUUGGUUUACUAUUGAAAGAUAGUAAUAUGUGCACUAACAUUACUUUAUUGCCAGCUGAAUUUUCCGUUCAAAUAGGGGUUUCAUUUAAUGGAAAAUCAUUCGUUGUAAAAAUCCCCGCCAACAAUCCUCCAGCAACAUGCAUACCUGUUCCAUCCAUACCAAUUUUAAAUGUUUGUCUUCGUGUAAAAGAUCUUCAGUUUCAAAAUUCCACGUUCCAUGGAUGCCUUGACUUGGAAGCAAAGUUGACUCAGCUUUCACUAUUAGUGUUACAUUUUGAUUGUAUUAAUAUAAAUGCUAAUGGAGUAGAAACAUCAAAACCAAAAACCAAUAGCACAGAAAAGAAACAAUUAUUGCCAUCAUUGAUACAACUUGAUGUGCCUUCAAAUUUCUCUCUUAAACUGAAUGAAUGAUUGUAAUUUUUAAAAAAGAAAGGAAGCAUUAAAUCAAGAAUGCAAAUCAACUUUACAUAUUAAUCGAAGUAAAUAAAUGAAGUAUAUUAAAUUAUUAACUAAGUACUUUUAAAUAUUCGACACGAAAAAUGAUUGGUAGAAGAAAAUUAAGAAAGUUGAAUAAAAUAUGAAUUACAAAGUGUUAUUUUCAUCUUCUGUAAAAGACUUUUCAUUAUUCAAAAUAAAUAUGUUUUUUGAAACAAGCA